AUGGCUGGCAGGCUAAGCUUCGCAAACAUCACCGCUUUAGCCCCAAUGGUCCGGGUGGGCACACUGCCCAUGAGGUUGCUGGCACUGGACUAUGGAGCUGAUGUUGUCUACUGUGAAGAGCUGAUUGACAUCAAAAUGGCGCAAUGUCACAGGCUAGAGAAUGAGGUUUUGCAGACGGUGGAUUUUGUUGCUCCGGAUGAUCGCGUCAUGUUCAGGACGUGUGAGAAAGAGAAGCAGCGAGUCGUCUUCCAGAUGGGCACCGCUGACCCGGAUCGAGCCCUCACUGUGGCCCGACUGGUAGAAAAGGAUGUAGCGGCCAUUGACGUGAACAUGGGCUGCCCUAAAGAAUACUCCACAAAGGGCGGGAUGGGCGCGGCUCUUCUGUCCAAUCCUGACAAGAUCGAGGCGAUCCUCAAGAAUUUGGUGAGCGGCGUCUCUGUCCCCAUCACCUGUAAGAUCAGGAUACUACCCUCGCUGGAGGACACGCUGACUUUGGCACGGAGGAUCGAGAAGACGGGUGUGGCCGCCAUCGCUGUCCACGGCAGGUUCAAAGAGGAGCGUCCCAGACAUCCAGUCCAUUGCGACUACAUCAGAGCCGUCGCCCAGGCCGUGUCCAUCCCUGUCAUCGCAAACGGGGGCUCCCUGGACCUCGUUAAGAGCUAUGGCGACAUCCAAGCCUUCAGGGAGGCCACAGGUGCCUCAUCUGUCAUGUUGGCACGAGCGGCAAUGUGGAACCCAUCAGUGUUUCGCAGCGAGGGACCACUUCCUCUCGAUGAUGUUAUGAUCCAAUACCUCAAAUAUGCACUGCGCUAUGACAACCACGCCUUCAACAGCAAGUACUGCUUGUGUCAGAUGCUGAGAGACAAAGUAGAAUCCGUGCUGGGGAAACGCGUUCAGACUGCACAGGACAACUCAGAACUCAGUGCGGCGUACGGUCUUGAGGAGUUUUUCAGCGAGACGCAGGCAGAGCUUCAGGCUCGCCGCGACACCCUGCGGAGUCACGACCGGUGUGAGGACGACUUGAUCACCAUGGAUGGCGACAUCACCACUAUGGCCCUCAAGUUUCAACGACGUGAAUAUCCUCCUCAGCUCACACCAAAGAUGUUUCUUCUGGAGUGGAGCCGACGCCAAAAGAUAGAGCAGCCCACCUACCAAACUGUCCAACGUGCACAGGACCGAGCCUUCCAGUCCACCGUGAAAGUGGAAAACCGGGAAUACAGAUCCUCGCUCUGGGAAAAGUCUAAGAAGUUUGCCGAGCAGGCGUCUGCGGUGGUUUGCCUGCGCGCUCUUGGAAUUCCAGAUGGUCGUGUCGGAGAAGAAAAUGGCAGACAGCUACAUAAAAGAAAAUUUGAAGAUGAGCACAAAUACGCCGACUGCUUCAAGCUCAAACGAGAACAAAUUGGUGACACAAUGACAACAGGGGCUCCACUCAACGUCUUUUAA